AUGGAAAAGCGUCGACGUGCUCGUAUGAACGAAUGUCUGGAACAGCUGAAGCAACUGUUGUUACAUAUUUUGCCAAAUCAUCGUACGAAACUGGAAAAAGCGGAUAUCCUGGAAAUGACUGUUGCCUACCUCAACCAGAUACAGCACACGCAAUCACCUUCAACCUCAUUUGGUAAGCCUGACAAUCUGUGGCAUUAUUUAUAUUUACCGAAACACAAGAUUUACGUAACUUAG